UAGCAUGUCCGUGGAGGAGGGAACACUGUAAUUAUCUCACUCGACCCUGUCCCUUGUCGUAAUUUCACCUCUUAAUUUCUUUCCUUAUAUUCAUCAAAACCCUCCGGAGGAAGAAAGAGAGAUCGAAGAAGAAGAACAUGGAAGGAGGAGGAGCAGAUCACAGUAACUCAUCGAACUCUAUCUACAGAGAGUGUCUGCGAAACCAUGCAGCCAGUCUCGGCAGCUAUGCCACCGACGGUUGUGGCGAGUUCACGCUCGACGAGAGCUCUCCGGGAGGGUGUCUCCAAUGCGCCGCCUGUGGGUGCCACCGGAACUUCCACCGAAAGUUGACGUGCCCACUGCCUCCGAGGGGCUUUAGCCGGCCGGAGCUGAUGACUGGGGAACUGAUGGAGUACAGCGGUGGUGAGGGGACGCCGCCGAGCAGCGGGAUGGUGGAAGGCGGGGAGAGGAUGACGACGACGUCGUCGGGGAAGAAGAGGUUCAGGACCAAGUUCACGGCGGAGCAGAAGGAAAAGAUGAUGGGAUUUGCAGAGAAGCUUGGAUGGAAGCUUCAGAGGAAGGAUCUAGACGAUGAGAUAGAGAGGUUCUGCAGAGGCGUGGGAGUGAGCCGCCAAGUGUUCAAGGUUUGGAUGCAUAACCAUAAGAACGCUUCUUCUUCUUCUUCUGCUUCCACUGGCAAUGCCUCUUCUCUUACCCAGUAAUCACAUAUAUAUAAUGUCUCAGAGAGAGAUCGGAGUAAUUAAUAUUGUGUUGUACUCUCAGAUAAUUACUUCAUUAAGCAGAGACAGAUAUUUCAGUUCUGAA